AUGUCUGUUACACUGCAAACCAAUCUCGGAAAUAUUAAAAUUGAAUUAUUCUGUGAGCAGUGCCCAAAAACUUGUAAAAACUUUUUAGCAUUGUGUGCUUCUGGAUAUUAUAAUAAUUCAAUUUUUCAUCGUAAUGUUCCGAAAUUUAUUAUUCAAGGAGGUGAUCCAGAAGGAACAGGAAAGGGAGGAAAAUCAAUUUAUGGCAAAUUCUUUGAAGAUGAAUUUAGUGAAGAAUUAAUACAUGGAGAUAGAGGAUUUGUAGGAAUGGCCAACCGAUCAAAGCCUAAUACAAAUUCUAGUCAAUUUUAUUUUACAUACGAACCACAACCACAACUCAACAAUCAGUGUACAGUUUUUGGGAAGAUUAUUGAUGGACUAAAAGUUUUGGAUAAGAUGGAAGCUAUUCCUGUGGAUGGUAAAUAUAAACCUGUUCAGGAAAUUAAAAUUCUUGAUGUACAUAUUCAUUCGAAUCCGAUUGCAGUUUUUAGUGAUAUUGUGGAUAAUGGAAAAGUCAAUAAUAACAAGUAA